AUGUUGGUAUACAUACCAGACGAUGCGGUCUUCGGUUCGACUGCGCUGAACUGGCCUGCCGACUCGGCUUUGCCUCAUUUCCCGGACAUUGGCGAUGCAAUUGAUGCAGCAGAUAUUACUGCUCUCACCGGCGAGGAGCGCGUUCUCCUGACGACUCUUCAGGGCAUUGUGAAUCGCCAGCAGCCUCGGAUCUAUCUCCACUGGAACAAGACCGAUGAGGCCAACGACGGGAGCAAUCAAGCGUGGCUGCGAGAUAUCGCCGAGUAUGUUCAUGUCGACGACUGCUCCGGCCAUCCCUUUGGCAUCUUGGAGAGGUAUCGCUCGGAGAUUGCUGGGGCGAUUGUCUACGAUCCCGACGUCGUAGACACUGUCAACCUCGCGACGACGGUGGCUGGCCUUCGUGGCGCCGUGGUUGCGACAGCUGAGCUUGCAUACCAGCAUCAAUUGCCCAUUCUGGAAGACUUCCGAGGACGCUUCGACAACAAGUACGACGUGUACAACUACGCUCUCGAACACAUCUACCCUCUGUUGACCAAGCGCGCAAUCACAGCCUUGACGCCCGAAGAGACAAGGACAAUUCCGAGUGUGCCUUGGUCCAAUCUUACCAGCGAGAAGAACAGGACAGUCGACGCCAGUAACAAUGCCACUUAUACUGUAGACCUAACGCCUUUUCUCGUCCAGCUUCAGGAGGAUGGAACGGUCUAUGUCCGAAUCAAAGACGCCUUCGAAGACGACGGACAUGGCGCAGCAGUCUCUCACGUACUCGCCUUGGCCGAUGAGGAAGUCCUAGCAGACUUCACGCCCGGCACCGCUGGCGAAGAUCCAUUUCUCGUAGACUGGGGAGGCUCAUAUCUUCAUGACUAUCCCUGGGGCUGGCGUUCUGCAGAUGGAGGAGCGCACAUAGUCUAUGGCUUCCGCCCUCCCAACGGCACUCGCAGUCUGACCGUGAAUCUCACAAUGGCCAACCAAUUCGACGUUGCCGCCACCACAACACUGCCCGCAGUCAAGGUGCUUAAUGCCGUCUUUCGCGACUACAUCACAGCCAUCGCCGCGCCAUGCAUCUGGCUGGACCCAAACAAUCCCGACGAAUUGCCUCUACUGAACCGGAUUCUGGAAAGCUUUGAUGCCAAUUCCGCCUACCUGGGCUGGUUUCCAAAUGGCGACGAGAUGUCUGGCGUAACGCGAACCGCUGCCAACAGCAUGUUCGUCGUUGCAGCCGAUUACUUCUUCAACGGGUCUUUCAUGAGCGGACUCCGGAGUCUGUUUUCUACCACGACCCAGAAUCGCAAGCUACCACCUCCGCCCGCUAUUGAAAUCACCAAGUCCUCUAUUCCAAACAAGAUCUACCUGUCCCUCACAUGGACUGAAGGAGACAACAUCCAGUACAUGCAACAUCGCAUGCGAGUCAUCUGGGACGAUCCCGCGCGAGGCCAAAUUCCCAUGGGCUGGACAGUCAGUCCAAUCCUCCAAGACAUAGCGCCCAACAUGCUCCACUACUUCCAAUCCUCCGCGACCUCAAACGACACCUUCGUCACCGGUCCCGACGGAGUCGGUUAUACAUUUCCUAGCAACUGGCCCGAGUCAGACUUUGAGUUGUUCCUCGACAUGACAGCACGCUACACCAAAUCUAUAGGGACGGCGAGCAACAUCUGGGUCUACAAUCGCAUCAACGCAACCCUCUACCCGCUCGCCAACGAAACCAUCGAAGCAUACCACCGCGCUCUCGGCCCAGACUUGCUCGGAAUUUCCGCAGACGGCCACGCGAGCGGCUACGGAAUCAACGUCACAUCUAGUGACAGUGGUAGUGUUCCCGUCGCGGGGCUCGCGACCAUUAGUAGUGUGAAGCAAGGAAUGGAACGUCUACAGAAUAUUUCGACGCAAAUGUACGACGGUACGAAGCCUGUGUUUGUGGUGUGUGCGUUGUAUGCGUGGGAUACGACGCCGGGGAAUAUAACGCAGUUGGUUGGGCAGUUGGGAGAGGAGUUUGAGAUUUUGGGGCCCGAGGAGCAUUUUCGGCUGUUUAUGGAGGCUCAGGGGAUUGCGUUAUGA